GUGGUAUAACCACGUGGGAUAUAAUCACGUGGUGGCUACUCUAUAUAACCUUAUCGUUUGUUUUGAUCUACAUACUAUGAAACGUGUUAUUAUUUGUCUGUAAUAGCUGUUUUAAUUAAGAAAUUAAAUAACUAUUAUAGUUGUUAAUUUUCUACGACUGUGAUAUAUAUUGACGGCAUUGUGAUAUAUAUUGUCGCAUUUUACAACUAAUUAGCCUUUUCAGAAAAAUCAUAUUUGGUAUAUAUAACCUGCUAAUGUGUAUAUGUGUAUGAUGAAAGGAAUGCACUCUCUUUCUCCAAAUUGAUCAUAGUAGUCAACUAUAUGUAAUACAGAUAACUCGCAAGUACAAUAUAUAUCAACAAAAAUAAAAAAGACACAAUAAUAAAUAUAAAUACAAUAAUAAUGCACAAAAAUAUGAUUAUGUUAACAACUUCCAAAUAUGUUUUACCCUCGACAUCUAAUGUACAAAAUAUGUGCCAAAGACUUAUUAAGAGACAUAUUUCAAAAGCUGAUAAAAUAAAAAAGUUAAUGAAGGAAUAUAAAUCAGUGUUUGGUGAAUUAGUUGAAACAAAUGCUGAAAAGAAAAAGAGACUGAAAUUGGAAAAGAGAGGAAAAAUUCCACUACAAAAGUCAAAUACAACAGAUGCAGAACUAUCAUGGGUUAUGAAAAAUUGUGGCAAUAAUCUGAAAAAAAUCAAAUCAUCUACGAAGCCACAAGAUGAACUAGUAGAUCCUCAUAAAUUUAGUAAUGUGAAAACUAAAAAUCUAAACAAUCCAGAUACACAACAUGAUUUUCAUUCCGAAUCUAAUCCAGUUUUGCAGAAAGUAGAAUUGAAAAUUACUAAUCCAUCAUGUAAUUUGUCUACAAUCACAAGAGAUAUUAAUAACAAUAGCCAUAAUGAAAAUACUCCAAAUUUAUCUAACACUGAAUAUACAGUUGCAAAGCAUGAUGCUCCUUCUAAUUUUGAAAGAUUGCCUGACAUUAUUAUAAAAAAUUUGCCAUCUUUUCCGAUUAUGGACAGCAAACAAAAAUCUUUCGCACAGUUAACAGAAGUAUUAUCUAUAUCUGGACAAAAUGAUCCAGAAACAAUAAAAUUUCCUAGCGUAACUAAGAUUCUUACGCAAACUAUGCCUCUAGAAUCAAAAUUGGCUUUAGAAGCAUGGAAGGAAAGAAUGAUAAAAGAACUUGGACCAGAGGGAUUUGAAAUGCAUCAGAAAGCAUUGUUAGAGGAUGGAGCAUCUCUGCAUUCAUGUAUAGCGCAGAAAUUGCUGGGGAAAGAAUAUGAAGUUCCUUUGAGGAUCGAACCGGUUUUUAAAAGCGUCCAAUACGUUUUGGAAGACGUGCACCACGUAAAAGCGAUCGAGACACACGUGGCUCACAACAAAUUACGUUACAAAGGCGUAAUCGACUGUGUAGCCUCCUAUAGGGGCGAAAAUUACGUAAUUGAUUGGAAGAAAUCAGAUAGGAAGAAAUUGAACUUGAAAGCAACAUACGACGCGCCUGUACAAAUUGCUGCGUAUAUUGGAGCUAUCAAUGCUUCUAAUUUAUAUCCCUUUGUGAUAAAACACGGGUUGCUCGUGAUUGCUUACACGUGCGGCGCACCCGCUACAGUAUACGAGGUGUGCGACAAUACGCUGCAGCAAUACUGGACAGCGUGGUUGCGCCGGUUGCAGGAAUAUUAUUCCGAAAGGACGAGUAACGAUGACAACAAGAGCAGUAGCCAAUAAAACGCUAAUGUACCGACACAUUGCGUAUAUUCAUUAAAACUUUCCACAUACAGAGCCAAUUAAAUCCUUAUCCGUCAGCCACAGGUAACUCCUGGCAGGAGAAGUUUUUAAUUCUAUCCCUUGCGCGUCAAAAGUUGCAAUAAUCUAUAGUCUUCGGGGAGUAGUUGGGAAAGCCCUCUCCGAGGAAACCUGGAGGUACAGCAGGAGGAAAACCGCGUCGAUACGGCGACUCAUUAAGGCCUGCGGUGGGCUCGGCAUUUAUGAUUUAUGAGAAUCCCGCGCGCGUUUUCCAGACGCUCGAAAUAACGAUUAUUAUGAAAAUAUGCGAGCCAUUAUCGAAAUACUAUGAUAUUGUGUAAUUUAUAAAGAUAUAUUUUGGCUUAUUAAAAACGAGCAUUACUUAAACAUAAAA